AUGAAAAAAUUUACCCCAGUAACACCCCAAUUAAAUCUUAGUUCUUCACUUUGCAUUCCAGGUACUAAAAUAAACUAUAAAUUAUUAACUAAAAAUAGAACUUUUUUAAAAAAUAUUCCAAACUCAACUCCAACUUAUAUUUGGAAUCCAAAAGUUGGAAAUAUAUCCAUUGUUGAUGUCAAUUCUAAAGGUGUUAUUGCUAAUAAUAAUUGUGCUGGAUCUGUUGUCAUUGUUCAAGAACCAGACCAAAUUGUUUUUUCAUCAUCUCAAGUAGAGGUCGAAGUUGGUAAAAAAUUAGUACUCUCAACUAAAUUAUUAUCAAAGCAUUUACCAAAAGGAGUUUAUUUCGAAUCUUGCUCAAUUAAUAAUUUAGAAUGGAAAGUUAAAGAUGAUUCCAUUUUCAAAAUUUUACCACAUGAAAAGGUUGACCAACAAAAGAUAUCAAGUGACAUAUGUUCAUCUCGUGAAUUUUUGGCUCUAAAAGAAGGCUCAACUGUUAUUUCAGUUCAAUACAAUGGAAUUAGAGAAGAAAUUCGUAUUUUUGCUUCUCCACCAGCUGAUCAAAUGGAAGUUUUAUUAAGUUUAGAUUCAUCUGCCGAGGUUUCUUUCUGUGGUGGUAAAGAGACAUGGCAUUUAGAACCAAAGAUUUAUUCCAAAACUUUCUCAUCAGAUAAUAAAGAACAAAACUCACUCUCAAUCACUCCAGGUGAUAAUAAUUCAUUCAAAGUCACUUGUCAAAAACAAUCAAAUGAUCCACAAAAUGUUAUUGUGACUAUUAGAAACAAAAAGAGUAUUAGCAGCCCAUUACCAGAAGCCCAUUCAAUUAAAAUUCCAUUCUUUUGCCGUCAACCAUCAUAUGUUCAUAUUCAAUUUAUAAAAUUACCAAAUGAAGAAGAAGGUAAACAAAUUAUUCAAUCAUCGAAUCCAAUACAUCAAGAUUCUAUUUUAUCAUUGAAAAAACAAAAAUCAGGUGAAAUCAGUCGUUUAAAUAUUCAUAAUAAUAGUGAUUUACCAUUUAUUGCUAUGAAUUCUAUUGCUAAAUAUGUAAAAGGUAGUACCAAUUAUCCAAUUAUAGUUGCAGGUUCCAUCUUUAUUGCCGCCUUUGCUAUUGGUCUUUAUGUAUAUAAAAUCAACCUAAAUAUGAUAAUUUACCCCAGUAACACCCCAAUUAAAUCCAAGUUCUUCACUUUGCAUUCCAGGUACUAUAAAUUAUUAACUAAAAAUAGAACUUUUUUAAAAAAUAUUCCAAACUCAACUUAUAUUUGGAAUCCAAAAGUUGGAAAUACAUCCAUUGUUGAUGUCAAUUCUAAGGGUGUUAUUGCUAAUAAUAAUUUUGCUAGAUCUGUUGUCAAUGUUCAAGAACCAGACCAAAUUGUUUUUUCAUCAUCUCAAGUAGAGGUCGAAGUUGGUAAAAAAUUAGUACUCUCAACUAAAUUAUUAUCAAAGCAUUUACCAAAAGGAGUUUAUUUCGAAUCUUGCUCAAUUAAUAAUUUAGAAUGGAAAGUUAAAGAUGAUUCCAUUUUCAAAAUUUUACCACAUGAAAAGGUCGACCAACAAAAGAUAUCAAGUGACAUAUGUUCAUCUCGUGAAUUUUUGGCUCUAAAAGAAGGCUCAACUGUUAUUUCAGUUCAAUACAAUGGAAUGAGAGAAGAAAUUCGUAUUUUUGCUUCUCCACCAGCUGAUCAAAUAGAAUUUUUAUUAAGUUUAGGUUCAUCGGCCGAGGUUUCUUUCUGUGGUGGUAAAGAGACAUGGCUUUUACAACCAAAGAUUUAUUCCAAAUUUAUUUCAUCAGAUAAUAAAGAACAAAACUCACUCUCAAUCACUCCAGGUGAUAAUAAUUCAUUCAAAGUCACUUGUCAAAAACAAUCAAAUGAUCCACAAAAUGUUAUUGUGACUAUUAGAAACAAAAAGAGUAUUAGCAGCCCAUUACCAGAAGCCCGUUCAAUUAAAAUUCCAUUCUUUUGCCGUCAACCAUCAUAUGUUCAUAUUCAAUUUAUAAAAUUACCAACUGAAGAAGAAGGUAAACAAAAAUCAGGUGAAAUCAGUCGUUUAAAUAUUCAUAGUAAUAGUGAUUUACCAUUUAUUGCUAUGAAUUCUAUUGCUAAAUAUGUAAAAGGUAGUACCAAUUAUCCAAUUAUAGUUGCAGGUUCCAUCUUUAUUGCCGCCUUUGCUAUUGGUCUUUAUGUAUAUAAAAAACAUAUGUUUAUUUAUAUAUCAAAUUCUUUAUUAGAAUCAUUUCCAUACUCUUUAGUAUCACCAAAUAUUUCACAAUUUAGUAUUAAUUUAUAA